GGCACAUUUCACCAGUUUACAGGAGACUACUGAGACGUCUAGAACAAAUAUUCAGUCAUUUCUCUAGAACGAUUCUUACUGACGAAACUGUUUCUCAGGCGACAGCAAUGAUGCGAUCUGUUGUGCUUUUGCUCCUCGGAGCUCAUCUUGCCUAUGCUGGAACACACUCUCUGAAAUACUUCUACACUGCUGUGUCUGGAGACAUUGACUUCCCAGAGUUCACUACUGUUGGUCUGGUGGAUGAAGGGCCGUUUAUGUACUUUGAUAGCAAUGCAAUGAAAGCUGUGCCGAAGACAGAGUGGAUGAGACAGAGUGUGGGAGCAGAUUACUGGGACAGUGAGACUCAGACCAGCAUUGGCAACCAUCAGAACUUCAAAAACAACAUCCAGAUCGCAAAGGAACGCUUUAACCAGUCAAAGGGUGUGCACACAUAUCAGCAAAUGUACGGCUGUGAGUGGGAUGAUCAGACUGGAGCAAAAGAUGCGUUCCUGCAGUAUGGAUAUCAUGGAGAGGACUUUGUGUCUCUGGAUUUUAAGGAGAUGAGAUUUAUUUCCCCAGUGCAGCAAGCAUCCAUCUCUGUACAGAAGUGGAACAAUGACAGAGGCAAAAUUGAGGGUCACAGAAAUUACUUCAGCACUGUGUGCAUUGAGUGGCUGCAGAAGUAUGUUGAUUAUGGAAAGAGCAGCCUGCAAAGAAAAGUCUCUCCUCAGGUGUCUCUGCUGCAGAAGUCUUCCUCUUCUUCAGUGACGUGUCAUGCUACAGGUUUUUACCCCAGUGGAGUAACAAUCUCCUGGAUGAAAAAUGGACAAGAGCAUCAUGAGGAUGUGGAUGUCGGAGAACUUCUUCCCAAUGAGGACGGAACCUUCCAGAAGACGAGCACCAUCAGAGUUUCACCUGAGGAGUGGAAGAACAACCAGUUCAGAUGUGUGGUGGAGCACCAGGGGGAAACCAAGGAAGAGGAGGAGAUCAGGACUAAUGGGGGAGAUUCUCUUCCCAUCAUGCCGAUUGUUGCUGUUCUUAUUGCUGUCGUCCUGUUGAUCGCCAUUGGUGCCAUUGGGUUUGUGGUGUAUAAGAAGAAACAAGGCUUUAAACCUGUCAGCGGUUCUGAUGACGGUUCUAACAGCUCAGCUCAUCCACAAGCAUAAAGACGUAUGUGUUCUCAUUCAUCAGUGCCACUGUCUCAGUCCUGCGAAAUGAAUGAAAUGUAACAUGUUUCUUCUGGCAUUUUAGGAGACUGGACGUGUGCGAGAAUCAAGUUGAGAAAAUGAUGCUUGUUGUGAUGCCCAUCUUGCUUACCAAAAUGCACAUAAACACACACACACACACACACACACACACACACACACACACACACACACACACACACACACACACACACACAGAUAAGAUAGAGGGAGAGGGAAUCAUAUUUCUGGGAUUUAUCUAUUUUAUGGUUCUGAAUUAAUUACAUCUAAAAAGUAAUGUUUUUGUUUCUUCACACUUUCUGUUCAUCUUAUGGUUAACUUUUUAAUGUUAUCAUGUAGAAAUACAGCUCAUUGAUUACAGAACCUAAAUUAGAAAAUGUGUGUAUUUCUCUUAGUGACAGAUGAAAACAAAGAACACAAAUCAUUGAUUUGUAGAUUUGAGAAAAUUGAUUUGUAGUUUUGUGACGUCAGGACUGAACAUUAAAAAGAAAUCAGAAAGCUGAAGUGUUUAUAGUUUCCUGGGUAGAGCAGCGUCUCAGAUCAUUCUUUAUUUGUUUCUAAAGUGACAUUUUCUGUGAGAUAUAAUAUGAAGUAAAUCAGGGGAAAACUGCUAACUAGUCCUGGAAAAUUGUUUAUCUACUGCAACAUUUAAAUACAUUUAAUUAAACUUUAAAAUGGUAUAGAUCGAAUGAUUUGUGAAAUGUGUCUUUUCUGUCAAUUAAAUUUACCACUAUGUAGAUUUCA